AUGGAAACCCUCGGUGUUAAUGAUGACGGCUCUGUUCUUGGAUCUUCUGAGCGGACCGUUACCGAGGUUCCUUCGAUGCCCACUGGUAAUAGCCUUUCGUCGGCACAUCACUUUGUCUCCUUGAAGUUAACCUCCCGGAAUGAUCUAUUCUGGAGGACGCAGAUGCUCCCGUUCCUCGAGGGCCAAGGACUCCUUGGUUUUAUUGACGGCACUGUGCCGUUCCCGACGGCUUCACCGGCGACUUCUUCGACCGUCUACAGCGACGCGGCGGCGGCUUCGGAUCUCUCGGCGCGAAAGAUCUCGUGGCGACGACAGGAUAAGGCAAUACUGUCAAUGAUUAUCUCAUCCUUGUCCGAGGAAACCCUCCGUCUCGCCGUCGGCCGUGGAACUUCCCGACAACUUUGGCAGGUCAUCGAGCAAACCCUCGGCUCGUCGACUCGGUCUCGCGCUUUACCGCUGCUCGGCGAGUUGCAGGUGUAA